AGAUUAUCGCCUCCCAUGGGCUGUGCACUAGUCGCUGAAUUGCGAUCAGAGAUAUUUUAUUGACCUGAAAUGAAUAAAAAAAAAUCAUAGUAUAUCUUCCCUGUGACGUAAAUAUGGAGUUUAUCGUAGUUAUGUGAGAGUGAGCCCAAAAUUGUGUCUACAAUGCGGAAAGAAAAAGAGUCGAGUAGAAAUCGAGUGUGUUGACACCUUUGACAAGUGCGCUCUGUACCAAUAGUCACCGCACCUGUCCGGACACUAUUUCCUGUCUAUUAUUUUCAAUUGUCAAGCCGCCAGCGGCAUAAGUGCACAAAUACAAGUGAGAAAGACUCGGUGGGAGUGAAAUUUUCUGAUGGGUAAAUGAUAAAUAAUGCGAACGUAUGUUGAGAGACAAGAGAAUAUCGGUGAGUUUUGCAUUAGGAAAAGUGCCAAAUCCGUGGAAAUCCUUGGUAAUGUCAGGUGGACAUUGUCGGCAUGGAGGAGGUAAGAAAGAAGGAUCGUGAGGAUCGUGAGGAUCGUGAGGAUCAUAGGUGUGAUCUUGAGGAUGAAGUCGUUGUCGUCAGGGGAAAUGGUAUUGUUGGAUGCAAAAAUUUGGAUGUGCUCCAAGAUCAGGCCAAUGCCAACUCGAGGUGUCAGGGGAGCGAUUGCGAGAGGGAGGAUUCACUUGAGAAAGAGGUUUGUGGAAAAACAGCUCAGAGUCCAGCUGCUUUGGCAUUCACCAUUGAUUUUGGAAAUGGCAGCAAGGAAGUUGACACUGUCAAGUAUCAGAAUCUUUUUCAGAGGUUCGCCAGGCACAGGAGGAAUGUCUCGACGUCCAAGAUAGAGAUUAAGACAAGUCAAUCGUCAGACUUAUCCCCAAAUUUUGUACAAAAAACUAAACCCGUGAGCAACUACUCUGAGGGAUACUUCAGCAGUGAAGAUGACACGAAACGAAAAGCUGACAAAUUAUCGCAGAAAUUGAAGGAACUAGGUUUAAAAACAUCACCAAAAGGAGUCUCUCUUCGUCAUCCCUUAAUGUCUCGUUCUCUCACUGAAAAACCCACGGCAAAUCGUCGCUCCUAUCACGAACCCUCGCCUCCUCGCCCAGACCUUUCCUACUCCUCCACGAUGAACGACCUGAGUCGUCUCCAGAAUGCCCUGGACGAAGACCGUUCAAACCGCGUGCAGUACUCCCCGGAGAAAAAGUACACCAAAAAUAUCGAGUACCUCGAGAUAAAUCACUCUUACUCCUCGGAGAAUCUCGAUGAGCCUCACGAGACCUCGGAGAAGCUCAAAAACACCAGCUACACACCGACCCCCUCAAACAAUCCAGGAUCUCUCCAAAAACCGAGAAACGUCCAGAUGCUCUGUGUAACGUACUCCGGAGAGUCUAGCACAGACCCAAACAUCGAUAAAUUCAGUGUUAGCAACCUGGACAAUGACUCCGAGGAGACAGUGAGUGAAGCUGGUACGUAUACAGUUCAUAAGGACUACACAGACGAGGAAAAGGCACGAAUGGACAUCGACAAGACCUUCAGCGUUGGAGUUCUCACUGAGGACGAGCAAAACUCGUCAUACGGCCACCACUUCCAGAUGAACACCUCCAGAGACUCAAAUUCCUGGAUUUCUGAGUGGGCGACUCAGGUAGCUGAGCACAACUCCCUGCCUCCUGCCAUUGGCGGCACAACAGGUCGUACCCCGCCAAUGAGUCCCUCGAAAAUUCCCUCCCCCAUCUACUCGAGAUCUAAACGUCUGCCAAAAAGUAGACACGAGGCCAGUGACAGCAGUCUCGAUGUAGAGGUUCACCAGAGGAUGGCCUCAACAAUGAUAGACUCUGGAGGUGAAUCAGACGAGGAUACCAGUAACAGUUAUCCCACUCCUCCACACAGCUCUCAACGAACUCCAACUCACUCGCUAGUUCGCCGAGGUAGUCUCUCUGAGUCACUCUUCAAAAGAGUUAAUACGUCUGAUUCACGAAGAAGCAUGAGAAAAUAUACGGAUAAGAAAGAGGAAAUAAAUGUGCCAAAGAGUCCGUCCCACAUGCUGGUAAGACUUCACCUAGGCCGUUCCAAUUCUGUUGAGAAUCGAGGGAAUCAUUCAGAUACUGCAGAGUCCAAUUCCUCGCGUCGCAGUAGCUUGAGAAAUUAUCACGAGGAGAACUUCAAGCACACGAAUAGUCCGAUAUUAAACCGUUUACGAUCGACAACCCCUAAGUUAACGAACAGUCCAAUCCUGGGACACAAGGCAUUAGCCACUAGAACACUGACACCGAGCAUCGAACGUCCAAAGCAACUGGUGAAACCUGGAAGUCAGUCCAAGAAUAUUGGCUACUUCACGUGUAUGGAGAACAGUCCCUACAUGUUGAGGAAGUCUCUGAGCACGUCCAAUUACCGCGAAGAAACGUCCAAGGAUAAAUUACUGAAUCUUCAUGGGAGUCCAAUGCUGUCGAGGAAUACGAGUAUUCAGCGUUCAACCUCCAACACCAGCAUCAGGACCAUGAAGACGAAGAGCAUGUUGACGAGGAGAAGCAGCUUCAACGACAACAGCAAUGAGAGGUUAAAAACAAAAUUAGCUAAUUCGGAUAGCAGUUCCGAAACAGGAGAGGCUGUGACUCCAGCUCCACCAAUUUCCUCAGGAAUAAAGCUCAAUAGAACGUUCAGUAUGCGUCGUGCUCGUCUCAGCUGUGAGUCAGAAUCCACACCGAAUACAACGCCUGAGGAACGACGAAGAAGGGCACAAUCAGAAAUCAAAUCAGCUCCUACAUCAGCUCGACAGCAGCAUCACCGUGGGAGGACGAGUAGUGUUGGUGCUAGUAACAAAGAAGUCUUCAAGAAACCUGAACCUCCUAGACCAAGAGGCCCAUCAUUGUCGAGAACUGAGGGGGGUAGAUACAGUAUGAGAGCUCAGAAGACUAGCCCGUCCACAAGGCCUAAUCAAAAAGCUAGUAAAGAGGGUAAAAAUUCUGGCAGAAGCAACUCAACGUUGACGUCCAAGGAGGUGGAAUUUCAGAAUUGGAAGAGAAGAAAGAAUUAUGAUCCCAUGAAGGCAGCUGCUGAGGGAAAGAAGAAGCUAGAUGUCACCAGGAAGCAUCACAGUACAGAGGAUGGAAAUAGCAGGGAUAAUUCUGUCCUGAGGUCUGCGAGCUUCCAUGGAACUGGUGGGGCAUUGUCUCUGGCUGAUGACUGGUCUGAUAAUGAAUUCAAUUUCAGGGGAGACGUGCAGCCACCCCCAUGCAGUCCUCUGGGUUCUGACAGUGAUCUGGAUACUUCUAGUUAUCUUCAGACUACUCACAAUGUCAUGUCGGCUAUGUCGGCUAGGAUCAAUGUGUAUCAAACUGGUGCUGUUGACUCUGGUGGAGAAAGUGAUGAGGACACCAGUCACAGUUUGAGGCAGGGGAGGAUAGGGCGAGAAACCAGUGACACUGAAAGCAGUGAGGAACAGGGGAAUAGAAAUUUGGGAUUCAAUAGGAGCUACGCGGGGAGGAGGAGCAGGGAACCUGAGGCUAAGGUACCGCAGGUUAAGGCUAAACCAGUUAAUAGUGGGAGAUCCAAGUCUGAAGGGACCAGCAUCGCUAGGACUGACUCGGGCAGGUUCAGUGUCAGGCCGACUAAAGGUGCUGUUAAGGUGAAGCCUAAGGAGGUGAAGAAGAAGGAGAGUCUCGUUAAAGAGCAGGAGAUGCAGAAUUGGAAGAGGAGAAAGAGCUAUGACCCUAUGAAAGCUGCUCUGGAGGGGAAGAGAAAGGCUGGCAUGGUGAAGAGGAGUCUCAAUUCCGAGUCUUCCAGGAUUCGUAGCGAUCGAUUGUAGAGAUAAACCAUCAUCUGAGAAAGUGUGUCCUGAGAUCUCAAAGCUUCCAUGGGCCAGUGACUCUAGGCUUAAGUGAAUGGAGUGACGAAGACAUUUCAGCAUCAGCCGACGAGGCAC